AGGGCCUAGACGAGAAGCCACAAGGCACUGAGAUGAUAUGUGCUGCUAACGACGUCUGGUUGCUCGUGAUGAUGGGACGAGCCCAGUCCUGUGUAUGCGUAUCCGUCGUAGCCUUUGCUGCAUGGCGCCUGCAGGGUGAGGUUGCUCUGUUGGGCCACUGUGAGGUGUUAUUGGGACGCAAAACUAAGCUGCGAACGCUGUCCGUAGGUACUCCGGCCAUGUCGUUCCACGGUGUUCAGAUGUAAUGAUUCGCCUCAUCUACAAUAUACCUUUGCAAUGAAUCAAUACCUGGGUAAUCUGAACACUAUCUGUAUAUUUUGAGGAUAGAUAUCUGGACGUCAAAUGUAUGGUAGUGAGGACGUACCU